UUUCAAGGGAGGGUGGUUAAUACCCUUUCAGCGCUCGCCCUGUGGCCUGCCAUUGCUGGCUACGCCCCAACUGUUGUGGCCUAUCAAACCAUCCUAAGGGUCCAUCUGGCUUUUCCUAAGAGACGUGGUUGAGAGAAGAGCAGAUGGCUGGUUCGCCGGGGCUGGAAAACACUCCCUGCCCGGUGCAACGAUUGUUAACUCCCCAGUUAUAGGAUCAGUUGCAGUUUUGCUGAUUUGUUCCCACAUGGUGACCCAGCUGUAUAAGUUGCUGACACCCCCCCACCCUUCCUCCCACCAUGCUGGAGUGGAGGGUGAAAAUGCAUAGUUGGCUGUAGGUUGGUUGUGGAAUACUUCAGCAGAAACUGAGAAAUUGCUGCUGCUUGUGCAUAAAUGCACCGUCCUGUUCCAGUUUCUUCUGUGCAUUAACUCAGCUGCUAAAUCAGGGUUUCAUAGGAAGUCAUUUCUGUCGUGACAAAGCCCUUCUUUAAGAGAAACGUAUUUUAUGGUUCCUCACAUCUCCCACAAGAGCAAGGAACUCUGGAUCAAGAAGGAUCUGCGUCAGCCAUUGAGGCAAAGCUGAGGAUGGAAGGAGUUGAACUUAAGGAGGAGUGGCAAGAUGAAGAUUUUCCAAGACCUUUGCCAGAAGAUGACCAUAUUGAAGCUAUACCUGAUCCAUCUGAAAGGGGGGACCGAUCUGAAAUUAAUGGCAACAAGGUUAAGAAGAAACUAAUAGCUCCAAAUAUGAACUUGACUUUGGAUCAGAGUGAAGAAUCCAUUUUAUCUGGGUUAGCAGAGAGUGGAGAUAUUGACCUCGAUGAUGUAGACACACCAUCGGAGAACAGUAAUAAUGAGUUUGAGUGGGAAGACGAUCUUCCAAAGCAGAAAAGCACGGAUGCUGUUAGGAAGGGGUCACUUCUGGAAUAUACAGCGUCGGAAGAGAAGGAAGAGGAGCGGAGGUGGCGCAUGUACCAGAUCGGAGACCAGGGCCACCGCGUAGAUAUGAAGGCAAUUGAGCCCUACAAGAAAGUGAUUAGUCACGGAGGUUACUACGGGGAUGGAUUAAAUGCAAUUAUUGUGUUUGCGGUUUGCUUCAUGCCAGAAAGUGGUCAGCCAAACUACAGAUACUUAAUGGAUAAUCUGUUUAAAUAUGUUAUUGGCUCCCUAGAAUUAUUAAUAGCUGAGAGCUAUAUGAUCGUUUAUCUGAAUGGGGCAACCACACGAAGGAAGAUGCCCAGUUUAGGUUGGCUCAGGAAGUGUUACCAGCAAAUUGAUAGGAGGUUAAGGAAAAACCUGAAAUCAUUAAUAAUAGUCCAUCCUUCCUGGUUCAUUAGAACACUUCUGGCAAUCACAAAGCCUUUUAUUAGCUCAAAAUUCAGCCAAAAAAUCAGAUACGUCUUUACCUUGGCAGAGCUGGCUGAGCUCAUUCCCAUGGACAGCGUCACCAUCCCCGAGUGCAUAAAACAGUAUGAAGAAGAAAAAUUUAAAAAGAAACUCAAAAGAAUUGACCAAGAACUUAAUGGGAAGCAGGAGCAGAAGUCUGAACAGUAAAAAAAAAAAAAGUAUUUUGGAUUCAAGUCAGGAGUGAAGAACACGCUGGGAAAUUUGAUGUCCUGAAGAACACGCCGGCCUUCUGCUUCCAGACUUGGCCUGUUGGAUGGCGCACUGCUGAGUGGUUUGCAAGUCCCAGGUGAUGCUGACACUUAAUAGCUGCCUUUAUUAUAACUUUUAUACUGCAGUGUCACAAGGCAUCCUAGGAGAGGCACCCAUUUUUAUACUGCGAUGCUUAUUCAUGAAGUAUUUAUAUGCUUAAAUGUUAAGGAAAGAGAUAAUAUAUAUUUUUAUGACUCCUCCACCAAUAUUUUAUAAUGUUCGUCUGCAAAAACCUCUGAGAUACACUAGCCCACCGAUGACUGUUGCCAUUCAUUUAGGAAUAAAACGCAUGGGAAUUCCUUAUAUACGGUAAAACGCUUCUUAGCUAAGGAAAUGAGAAACGUGACUAUGGUUAUUUGCUACGCUAGCAAGAUCCUUUGCUGUUUCCCGUGUUGGAUGGGCCCAACCCUUGAGUUGGGUGUCCUCAGCACAAAAUGGAUCCAGUCCAAGCCCUUCUCUGUUGAAACUCUGGUGUUUCAACUGCCUCACUUCUGAACAGAAAGAUCCAGUAAUUGAGGACACUAGCAGCACCAACAUUAAAAGUAAUGGGCUGGUGGAAGCUGUGUAGCUCCGGAUGUCCAGUGAGUUGGCUUAUUUGGGAUACUGGGUGGCGUUCCAGAGCAGAUUGGUGGCGGCCUGCCACCACCCAGUUGUCUCCUUCCUUCCACGGAGGAUGGCUUAGUGCAGCUUCUGAUGUGCCUUGCUGUUCUGCUGCCUACCCAUAACGUGGAGUGGAGAUCCAGAACAUGGUGUCAGGAUGUGGCACUCAAGAAUAGAGGAAGUGCGCCCAAAGUUAAGGCCAGGGACAGCUUAGCAUAUGGAGGCUGUUCUCAAGGGCAGGCCAGCCUGUGUCGCUCGCAAAGCACCGAAGGCGGCAGAACAAGGUAACGUGGCUAUUUUGUACUUUGAAAAGGAAGGCUCUUGAAACUGCACUUUCCACUAGCACUAGAUUCACUUUAUAAGCUUUUUUUUUGUUUUUUUUGAAAAGGAGUCUAUUUUUUCUGGUGCACGUUCCACCUGUUUGAAGAAAUGGCUGCUUUGAGUGGCCUGACUCAGUUAAGUGUGAAAGUGUCAUGUGCACUAACUCCUAGUGGGUUAAUCAUCAAAGUAAUAGUGGAUUGUAGCAGCAGAGAUGUUAAGUAUUUUGAAAGCUUGGGCAGAACUCUUCAGAAAUAUUUUGUUGUUUUUUAAAACUUGUCUGUGUUGUUAGCAACACAGUGUUAUCUUGUUCCCAGUGUUUAUGUGGGAAAAAUACUGCCGUGUGUCAGCUGAUAACCCAGUCAAUAAAUAGUGUUUUUACAUGAAGAAUGACUUUAAUUGGAUAUUUUGUCAUAAUCACAGCUCUGACACAGUCCCACAGGAGGUUGAAAUGGUUGUAGAUUCAAUGUGUUUUGGUUUAACAGAGGAAAUUGUUUUUCCAGAGUAUCUACUGUGGUUUUUUGGUUGGAAAUUUAUGUUUUUCCAUUUGGUAUAGAGCAGUGUUUCUCAAUCUUGGCAACUUUAAAAUGUGUGGACUUCAACUCCCAGAAUUCCCCAGCCAGCCACACAUCUUAAAGUUGCCAAGAUUGAGAAACACUGGUAUAGACUAUCUGCAGAAAAGUUGCUGGGCAUCUUCCUGCCCUUUUUACCUGUUUGUGAAGAUACUCAGGUGUCCACUUGAGAAACAAGAAAGUUGGGGCUAAGCUGCAGGACACGCAAUCUCCUUCUUUCCCACCCUUUCUCCAACCUGGUUCCUUCCAGAUAUUGUGGGAUGGUAAUUCCCAAACUGGUCUGUGGCCACAUUGGCUGGAAAUUUCAGAUGGACACCAGGGUGGAAAGGCCGUAUGAGAGCCGCAUUAUUAUUAGACCAAUUCAGGAUCACAAAAUAACAUGCCAGAUUUUGGUAUCUCAUCAGCUAAUAGAGCAGACAAAGCACUACAAGAAAAAGCUGAAUGAAGUUGGAACAAUGGAAUUUGCAUUUAGUCUGUCUUCAAAUGGAAAAAUGCAGACGUUCAAAUCACGCCCUGUGAGGUGGUGUGAUAAAACCACCAAAAAUUGAGGGUUGCUCUUAUUUUUGAAAAUAUAAAACCUAUUCACCACUGUAAGCUCCUCAGAAGAGCUUGGAAUGCUGUGCGUAGAGUCCAACUUCCAGUUAGUUCGAACAACAGUCACCAAUCUUCUCCAAACUACAGUUCCGAGCACAGGAGUAAUUCUGCGAUUUGUAGGGUCAGCACUCCUGGGGAGGGGGCAACAGGUCGGGGAAAGCCGGUUUACAUGCAGGGAUGGUCAGGAUGCAAAUGCCAGAAAUGUGCUGCGUAUUUCAGAGUGCUAAAAAGGAGAAAUUCCUCUAUGCAUGCCUCAUGAGAUACCAGUUUCAAACCUCCUCUCAAAAUCUGAGAGCAAAUUUUGCUAAUUUGCAAAGGAGGCAUUUUUAUCAGCUGAUUGCAUUUCCUGUGAUUCAAGGUGAAGAUGUGUUCAGUUAAUAGACGAGCCGCUCGUGUGUGUUGAUCCAGAUGAUUCUCAGUGGAGCAGUUGUUUGGAACUUUAGCAAUUGGGUAAAUCUCUAAUAAAUGUCUUUUUGAGGAAAGGAA